AUGCGCGAGGCGAUCUGCAUUCACAUUGGCCAGGGCGGCGUGCAAAUUGGCAACGCUUGCUGGGAGCUGUUCUGCUUGGAGCAUGGCAUCCAACCUGAUGGUCAGAUGCCGUCCGACAAGACCAUCGGCGGGGGAGAUGACGCAUUCAACACUUUUUUCAGUGAGACUGGUGCCGGCAAGCAUGUGCCGCGUUGCGUGAUGGUGGACCUCGAGCCGACUGUCGUCGAUGAAGUGCGCACCGGCACCUACCGUCAGCUCUUCCACCCAGAGCAGCUCAUCUCUGGCAAGGAAGACGCCGCGAACAAUUUCGCGCGCGGGCACUACACCAUCGGCAAGGAGAUUGUCGAUUUGGUCUUAGACCGAAUCCGCAAGUUGGCCGAUAACUGCACCGGAUUGCAGGGUUUCUGCGUCUACAAUGCCGUCGGCGGCGGCACAGGAUCCGGUCUGGGCUGCUUGAUGUUGGAGCGCUUGUCCGUGGACUAUGGCAAAAAGAGCAAGAUCUCCUUCACAGUUUGGUCUUGUCCACAGGUGGCGACUGCAGUGGUGGAACCAUACAACACCGUUCUGUGCGUCCAUUCUCUGCUCGAGCACACGGAUGUGACAAUCAUGUACGACAACGAGGCACUGUACGACAUUUGUCGGAGGAACUUGGACAUUGAGCGCCCGACCUACACGAAUUUGAACAGGCUUAUCGCUCAGAUCAUCAGCUCAUUGACGGCGAGCCUGAGGUUCGACGGGGCUUUGAAUGUGGACAUCACCGAGUUCCAAACAAACCUUGUUCCUUACCCAAGAAUCCAUUUCAUGCUCACCUCCUUCGCGCCCGUGAUCUCUGCCGAGAAGGCAUACCAUGAGCAGCUGUCUGUGGCUGAGAUCACCAUGUCCGUGUUCGAGCCUGCCUCGAUGAUGGUCAAGUGCGAUCCUCGCCAUGGCAAGUACAUGGCUUGCUGCAUGAUGUACCGUGGGGAUGUUGUACCAAAGGAUGUGAAUGCAGCGGUUGCCACCAUCAAGACCAAGCGCACCAUCCAGUUUGUGGACUGGUGCCCCACUGGCUUCAAGUGCGGCAUCAACUAUCAGCCUCCUACGGUGGUGCCUGGUGGUGAUUUGGCCAAGGUCAUGCGUGCCUGCUGUAUGAUUUCCAACAGCACGGCUAUCGCAGAAGUCUUCUCCCGCAUUGACCACAAGUUCGACCUGAUGUACAGCAAGCGAGCCUUCGUCCACCACUAUGUGGGGGAGGGCAUGGAGGAGGGCGAGUUCUCCGAGGCCCGGGAGGAUUUGGCAGCCCUGGAGAAGGACUACGAAGAGGUUGGCAUCGAGACGGCCGAAGGGGAGGGCGAGGAUUUGAAGAUGGCCGCCCAGGUCGUCACCUACGGAGCGGUGCUUGCCAGCUCGGAGAAAGGCAGACGGUGGCAGCAGUCCUUGCAGCUGCUGGCGGUGAUGUUGGGCCUGCGCAUCGAGGCGACGAAUGUGGCCCUGAACGCGGCCAUCAGCAGCUGCGAGAAGGCUCGGCAGUGGCAGAGGGCGUUGGCCCUGCUGGCGGAGAUGGACAGCAGGCUCUUGCGGAAGGACGUUAUCAGCUACAAUGCCGCACUGAGCGCUUGUGAGAAGUGCAGCCGCUGGCAAGCGCAGCUGGUGCUGCUGCAUACCAUGAGAAGUGUCUCUGUGGCCUUCGAUAGUUUCAGUCUCAACGCGGCAUUGCUGUGCUGCCGUGGGACAGGAAGGUGGCGCUUGGCAGUUGCCCUCUUCCUGGAGUUGGCUGGUGCCGGCGACGCCUUGUCCUGGGACAUUGCCGUGGGCAGCUGCGAAGCCAGCGCCGCUGCCCUGGCGGCGCGGACGUUGCUGGGGGCUGCAGAGGCGGAGACCCAGCGGGGUCUCCCGCGCUUCUUGCGGGAGGAACACCGAUAA